AUGGCCGGCGCCCCCAGCCCUCUGCGCCUCGCGCUGCUGCUGCUCGGGGCGGUGGGCAGGGCCGGCCCUCGCCCCCAGGGUGCCACCGUGUCGCUCUCGGAGACGGUGCAGAAAUGGCGAGAGUACCGCCGCCAGUGCCAGCACUUCCUGACUGAGGCUCCGCCUCUCGCCACAGGCCUGUUCUGCAAUCGGACCUUUGACGACUAUGCCUGCUGGCCAGAUGGGGCCCCGGGCUCCUUCGUGAACGUCAGCUGCCCCUGGUACCUGCCCUGGGCCAGCAAUGUGCUGCAGGGCCACGUGUACCGCUUCUGCACGGCCGAGGGCCACUGGCUGCACAAGGACAACUCCAGCCUGCCCUGGAGGGACCUGUCGGAGUGCGAGGAGUCCAGGCGCGGGGAGAAAAGCUCCCCGGAGGAGCAGCUGCUGUCCCUGUACAUCAUCUACACGGUGGGCUACGCGCUGUCCUUCUCCGCUCUGGUCAUCGCCUCAGCCAUCCUCCUUGGCUUCAGACACCUGCACUGCACCCGCAACUACAUCCACCUGAACCUGUUUGCAUCCUUCAUCCUGCGCGCGCUGUCCGUGUUCAUCAAGGACGCGGCCCUCAAGUGGAUGUAUAGCACGGCCGCCCAGCAGCACCAGUGGGACGGGCUGCUCUCCUACCAGGACUCCCUGGGCUGCCGCCUGGUGUUCCUGCUCAUGCAGUACUGCGUGGCGGCCAACUACUACUGGCUGCUGGUGGAGGGCGCGUACCUGUACACGCUGCUGGCCUUCGCAGUCUUCUCCGAGCAGCGCAUCUUCAAGCUGUACCUGAGCAUCGGCUGGGGUGUCCCCCUGCUGUUUGUCAUCCCCUGGGGCAUCGUCAAGUACCUCUAUGAGGAUGAGGGCUGCUGGACCAGGAACUCAAACAUGAACUACUGGCUCAUCAUCCGGCUGCCCAUCCUCUUUGCUAUUGGAGUGAACUUCCUCAUUUUUAUCCGGGUCAUCUGCAUCGUGGUGUCCAAACUGAAGGCCAAUCUCAUGUGCAAGACAGACAUCAAGUGCAGGCUCGCCAAGUCCACGCUGACGCUCAUCCCCCUGCUGGGGACCCACGAGGUCAUCUUUGCCUUCGUGAUGGACGAGCACGCCCGGGGGACCCUGCGCUUCAUCAAACUGUUCACAGAGCUCUCCUUCACCUCCUUCCAGGGGCUGAUGGUGGCCAUCUUAUACUGCUUCGUCAACAAUGAGGUCCAGAUGGAGUUUCGGAAGAGCUGGGAGCGCUGGCGGCUCGAGCACUUGCGCGUCCAGAGGGACAGCAGCAUGAAGCCCCUCAAGUGCCCCACCAGCAGCCUGAGCAGUGGGGCCACGGGAGGCAGCAGCGUGUACGUGGCCACCUCCCAGGCCUGCAGCUGAGACUCCAGGCCCGCCCUUCCUGCGCUCCUUGCUGCUGGCUGGGCGGCCAA